AUGAUCAUUCCCAUCCGGUGCUUUUCUUGUGGCAAGGUGGUAGGAGAUCUCUGGGAGAGAUACCUGAGGCUUGUCGAUAACAACGUCGAAGAUGGUGAUGCUAUGGACCAGCUCGGGCUCAAGCGCUACUGCUGCCGGCGCAUGGUCAUGACCCACGUUGACCUUAUUGAGAAGCUUCUCAAAUAUACCCCCGAUGGACGCAACGAGAAGAAGAUUGCCCUUCAUCCUUGA